AAUAAAAUUAAGUUAGCUGCGACACUGUUCUCUUCGGCCGAUGGCUGCCUUGGCGGUUUUGCGCUGCACAAAAGGAUGUGCCAAACUCAAUGGAUUUUGUGGCGGCCCGGCGAUGGUGUCGUCGGCGCGCAACGCGGUGGCCUGCGAGCCUCCGUCACACAUUCCCGGAGGUAUGGCCUGGGUGCGGACAUUCUUUCGCCUCGUGAAACCCUCGGGUGGCGGCAACACGCUGCACUACUCCGAGAGAAAGCUGCUCGGAUACUCGCAAGAGCAGAUGUUUGAGGUGGUGUCACGGGUGGAAUUCUACCGGGACUUUGUACCCUGGUGCACGCAGUCACGCGUCACAACCCGGUCUUCCCACGCCCUGACUGCAUACAUGAAGGUCGGCUUCCCACCCAUCGUCGAGAGCUACACCUCUCAUGUCACGCUUGUGAGGCCCACCCUUGUCAAGUCGGUGUGCUCAGACGGUCGCCUCUUCAAUCACUUGGAGACCAUCUGGAGGUUCGAGCCAGGCCUCGAGGACAACCCGAAGACUUGCACGCUAGACUUCAAGGUGUCCUUUGAGUUUCGCUCGCGGCUGCACUCGCACCUGGCCCACAUGUUCCUGGACGAAGUGGUGCGUCAGAUGACGCGCGCCUUCCUCAACCGAGCGGCCACUCUGUACGGCAAACAAUCGAUCCCGACGAGAGGCGGCAAGGUGCUGCCCUCUGGAGCUCCCUGACGUCGGCCCCCCGAGUAGUUUUUGCAGUAGACGAGGGCUUCGUCUCCCUAUGGAUGGACUGGCUUUUAAUCUUUUACUUUAGCUCCUCUCGCAGCCGUGAUUCUACUCUUCACGCGUGCACCCCAGUUACGCAAUGUUCCUCCUAGAUCCAACCAACCUGCUUCUGGACUACAAAGUUCAUCCACUCGUAGUAGAAGCGACUCGGGUGCAGUGGUUGGGUGAUCCAGGCAGCGAGAGUGAUCCAGGCACGUUUAAAGGCAGGGCUCCUUCGUGGUGGCCCAAAACAAGCUAGUGUCGAACCAAUACGUUUCCUGGCAGCCAUCGGCUGGAGGACUGAAGAACGUUCUCAACACAAUGCCUCGUGUGAGAGGCCAGAUGCUCGCAACGAGUAUGAAUCGAUGGCAACAGCCCUCAUAGCUCCUGGGUGUCCUCUUUACCCUGGAUGCCUCAGAUUGGCUUUGUCAGAAAUUUCUCAGCCAUUAGUGAUGUCUGUAAUACAGCUGCGAAAGAAGCUGCCGUGUAAAGCAACGCAUGUUUCAGUAAAUUGAAUUGGACACAUUCGUUGAGCAAUUGAAGUUCACACAUUCAUAGUUGUUUAGUGAAUGUUUCAUGGACUUUAGUGGGUGUAGGUAAUGCGCCUUUCAUAUUGCUAGUUUGCUUAUUUCAGAUUUGGUAUACACACAAUGCAAAGCUCAUGUGAAGUUGUUUAUUUAACAUAUGUAGCUGAGCAGAAAGCUGCAGUUUUUUGUGA